AUGGACAUCAAUGUCUACAACUGUUUUGCUACCAACAUUCUUGUGUUGUUCCAGAUCUGUAAGAGUUUGUUUGUUCUGUUGAACACAGAAGAUCAUUUGAAGGUUCCUCCAGAUUCAGUCUCUCUGAUAGUGUUGAUCUCUGCUGGAUCUGUGAUAAUUAUAACUCUAUUCGGGAUCUUCUGCAUCUGCAGAAAAUGUAGAAAAACUGAUCAAGAAGUUCAGAUUUGUGAAGAUGAGAAAACUUCUGCUCUGUUUCAUCAUCUAAUGUUCUAUGAAAGAAACACAAAUAAACCGCUUUCUAAAACCAACAAGAGUCUGAAUCAGUGUAAAUCUGUUUGUUCUUCAGGUGUGUUUGGUGAUUCAGUGUCAGUGAUGGAGGGAGAUUCUGUCACUUUAUACACUGAUCUUACUGAAAUACAUGAAGGUGACAACAUACUGUGGAAAUAUGGAGCUGAAAACUCUCAAAUAACUAAAAUGAAUAAAAAGAACCAAACCUUCUCUACAUUUGAUUUUUCUGAUGAGAGAUUCAGAGACAGACUGAAGCUGGACGAUCAAACUGGAUCUCUGACCAUCACAAACAUCACAACUGAACAUGCUGGAGUUUAUCAACUAGAUAUAAGUGGAGCGAAACUGACAACAAAAACAUUCAGUGUUUCUGUCUAUGCUCGUCUGCCUGUUCCUGUCAUCAGCAGUAACUCUUCUCAAUGUUCUUCAUCAUCAUCAUCAAAUUGUUCAUUGGUGUGUUCAGCUGUGAAUGUGAGUCAUGUGACUCUCUCCUGGUACAAAGGAAACAGUUUAUUGUCCAGCAUCAGUGUGUCUGAUCUCAGCAUCAGUCUCUCUCUACCUCUGGAGGUGGAAUAUCAGGAUAAAAACACCUACAGCUGUGUGCUGAACAAUCCCAUCAGCAACCAGACUCAACAUCUGGACAUCACUCAACUCUGUCACACAUGUGCAGAUCAGAUCUUACCUUUAUUGUAUGUAGUGUUGAUCUCUGCUGGAUCUCUGUUGAUUGUUGCUGCAGUCGGGAUCUUCUGCAUCUGCAAGAAAUGUAGAAAAAACGGUCAAGAAGCUGGAGCUUAA